AUGGAGUGCACGUUCGGUAUCACAGGCAAGGGAUAUGCUAUCAUUGCUUCGGAUAGCAAUGCGGCGAGGUCCAUCAUCAAGAUGAAGGGUGAUGAGGACAAGAUGAAAGUCUUGAGUCGUCACCUUGUCAUGGCUUAUUCUGGUGAAAGCGGUGAGUGAUAGAUGCUAAGAAGUAGGCCACAGUGCCUUGCGAUGGAAGGCGUGUUGUGUACCCCGGGUGUGCAAAGGCAUUCUUCAAAAGCGUAGAACAAAGCGGCUUAGUGACAUAGCCACUUGACCUUUCCUACACAGGCGAUACCUUGCAGUUUUCAGAGUACAUCGAGCGAAACUUGCAACUGUACAGCAUACGGUGAGUUCGGAUCGAGCAGCUCUGGUGCUGCACGCUUGCUCACUCACUCCGCAACACCUCACCCGCAUCCUCCCUGGCCGCAGUCAUCACGUUGAGCUGCGACCAAGAGCAGCAGCAGCCUGGAUCCGCAAUCAGCUCGCAGAGUCUCUGCGCUCACGCAACGCCUACCAAGUGAACCUCUUGCUCGCAGGUUUUGACGUCCCAGCAUCCACGCCAGCAUUGUAUUGGGUCGACUAUCUCGGAACUUCCAUCCCGGUACCUUUUGGCGCACAUGGUUACGGUGCUCACUUGACUCUCAGUACGAUGGACAGAUAUCACAGGCCUGACAUGAGCUUGGAAGAAGGCUUGGACUUGCUGAGGAGAUGCAUCAACCAGCUCAAACUCAGAUUCAUUGUCGACUUGGGACAGUUCAAGGUCAGGGUCGUGGACAGAGAUGGCGUGAGGGAGGUCACUCUCUAA